AAAAAAUACAAAAAAGGGAAACUCGGAUUGACAAACCAAUAGCCGCGGUUAUAUUCUAGGAUGAAUGAAUGCUCUUCAUGUCAAUAGAAGUGACGUUCAUGACAUAAAGAUAUGAAACUAUUGCAAAUUCCAUAAGCGAACAAAUUGUGAUAUGAACACAAAACUUCCAAAAGAACAGCACUUCUGAACAUCCAACGACCAUCACAAAGUUGUUGCCCAUCAUGGCAUCCAAAGUCGAUACAGACAAACAAAAUCAGAUGACAUCGGACAAUCAUCAGCAUACAUCACAACAACCAAGCGAAAGACCUCCAUCACCUCCACUACUCAAACCACAACCGAGAAGGCCAUCCCCUAAAGCAUUCGAACAAGGAUCGUAUGAUGAUAUAAACACAUCAUUAAGCUUCUUGAUAAGAGAAGCAGCUCAAAUGGAAGAUGAUCGAAGAAAAGCUAAAUCGAGACAAUCACAAAAGGGAAAGCAAGGUAACGAAAUUAAUCGGGCCAAAUCGCCAUUAUCAUCUCAAAAGAAUGCAGGCUUAACUCCACUUUCAGCCUCACACGGCAAGCCGCCAUUCAACUUCGAUCGCGAUGAAAACGCCAAGGAUACUCAAACGCCAACGCCAAUCAAAGCACCUUUUCAUCUUACGGAUGACGUACCCGAUCGUACACACGCUCAGUCCACUCCACCUUUUCUCAAUCGCCCCGACACUCCAAGCUCUGUAUUCAAAAGACCGAGCUCACCAUUUCAAAGAGCCAAAACGCCAGCAUUUCUUCAACAUCAUAACCCUUCAUCCGAUGAAAGACAUACUCCUUUCCCUGAACAUCAAAAGGCCAAUUUACUAAAACAGAUGGAGUCGAUGAGCUCAAGUACCGAGAGUGAUGAAGGAACAAGAUUACUACAAAGGAUUCGAAAAGCAAGUUCUGCUCGAUCUCGCACUCCAGCUCCCACAUCUGCUCAGAGGCCUUCAUCCGUAGCGCCAUUCUACACUAAUCUUGCACCUCUUGAGCCAAUCGAAAGAGAGCAUGAUGCGUCAGCACAAGAUGCAAGUGAUCACUUAUUCCUCAAAGGUGAUGAAAAGGACGAUGACGUUCUCUCUGCAAUCAGUCGUACCAGCAGUCACAGUUCCGAAAGUACCAAUCCUGUACCUCUGAUGAGCGAUGAGGAAAAGUUGGAAGCAAUUGUCGAAGAAUUUGGACCUGCUCCUGAGAUCGAAGAUGCCAAAGAAAGCCAAAAGUUGGGAAAAGAAAGCGUUUUAGGCUCUCAAGCUGCCGUCUUGGUAAGGAGAGUGUUGAUCAGAGGGUACUUGGUUCUCACAACGCAUCGACUAUGCUUUAUUGCAUUAUUGCCUGCCAGCCCUACAAAGCAUCGUAUCCUUCAACAAGGACCGGCUAUCAUUCAUAGACCAGGACUUACAAAACGAAAGAGGAAAGCAUGGUUCACUUUGACAAGCGAGAAUAUCAUCGCAUAUCCUAGCAGUACAGAACUAUACGAACCUCUUGGUGGUGCAAGAUUGAUCGAUAUCGAUGACGUUCAACCGUCUCCUCAUGAAAAAGCAGUUCAUUUCCGUGUAAGGGGCAAAAAGGUGUCGUUAGAAUUCGAAACGUCUGAAGCUGCAAUGGCAUGGCAACGUGAAAUUGAUGCGGCAAUCUUUAUGUCAACACACAACUUUGAUAAAAUCCGACUUUGCAUACCUUUGGUUCGUAUUGCUCAAUUAUUCUUUACCGAUUUCCUUGACAUUUCUACUAUGGUUCACGUUGAUGUUUUGGAUGUCGAUGCUCCGCAACAUAGAAUCCCACGUUUACAUCGUUCUGAUCGUGAUCCUCACAGUACUACGGACGUCUUGUUUGCACUUGUGAAUGAUGCAGUGAAAAUGCUGCCUCACCUCCAACCCGCUUUAAAGAGGCCGGCUGAAUUACGAGCGAAUGUGGAAAAGUCAUUAUGGUACACUUUGCCUACCGCUUUGAUCGAUAUUGAUGGACCUCGUGCUCAAAGUGAGGAUCGUGAAUCAAAUAAAACUGAGACUGGAAGUGAGAAUGCUUCAGGUCCACACAGUAAAGCAGCGGUAUUUCUGGAGCAGUUCUCUUUGGACUGUUCUAUUGAAGAGAUCAAUACGUUCAAAGUUCAUCUUGUACGCACGCUCCCAUUGGCCGGAACUUUGGCAAUCACACCAAGACAUCUAUGCUUCUAUCGCAGACAUAGAUGGACAGGCCUAGCAGAUACUAGAAUUCGAAUUCCAUUCCGGGACAUUAAAGGAGCAGAGCAAACAAAAGCAUUUUCAUGGCAUUAUUCAGGCUUACGAAUUCACGUUCUUGCACAUGAAGAUAUCGUUAUGGAAAUCAAAGAUGAAGGGCAACGAGAGGAGAUCAUGCAAGCUAUCAAAAAGAAAGUUGAAGAGCAAGGUAAAGAAGCGAGCAAGACAAAUAAACCGACAAAGGUUCAAGAGAAAGACCCUCAGCUUGAUCCCCCGACAGUAGGUGGUACGCAGCACAAGGUCCAGAAACAACCAUCAACACAAACGGACAUACUCGCCUUGCAGGAUCGCAGUAAGACAAUCACUUUGAAACCUAGUCAAAUCAAUAUUGCACCAAGAACGAUCAACAUGGAUCGCAGCGUCAAUGUCACUGUUGCACCUAUGAAGAUCCACUGUCUGACGAUCGGAAGUCGUGGUGAUGUUCAGCCGUACGUUGCCCUUUGCAAGAGGUUACAAAAAGACUUCCAUACGUGCACGAUCGUCAGUCAUGAAGAGUAUCGAGAAUGGGUGGAAGGGAAUGGAAUCGCUUUCCGAGCGGUCGGUGGAGAUCCAGGUGAACUGAUGAAGCUCAGUGUGGACAAUAACAAAAUGCUCUUCUCUCCACAAUUUUAUCGUGAAGCGAUGGGCAAAUUUAGACAUUGGCUUGAUGAGCUCUUGCGCGGAAUCAUGGAAACUUGUUGGGAUGCCGACUUAAUCAUCGAAUCGCCUUCUACUUUCGGAGGCAUUCAUGUUGCUGAAGCGAUUGGAUCUUAUUACAUGCGAGCGUUCACGAUGCCAUGGACAAGGACAUCAACUUACCCGCAAGCAUUUUCCGUACCCAAUGUGGAUUUGGGUCCCCAGUAUAACUCAAUGUCUUAUACCAUUUUCGAUCAAGUUUUAUGGCUCGCAAGUUCUGGUCAAAUCAAUCGUUGGCGUAGACAUAUGCUUCAUUUGGAAUCAACAGAUCUCAAUAAGCUCGAUCAAGGCUCUGUGCCGUUCAUGUACAACUUCUCGCCAGCAGUCGUACCUCCGCCUUUGGACUGGGGAGAUCGUAUUAAAGUGACUGGCUAUUGGAAUUUGACAAAUGAUGCAACCAAAUGGGAAGCGCCCAAAGAAUUGCUCACAUUCAUUCAAAAGGCAAAGGACGAUAACAAAAAGCUUUGCUAUAUCGGUUUUGGUUCGAUCACAAUGUCUGAUCCUAUCGGCGUUCAGAGAAACAUAUAUGAAGCUAUUCGUCGAAGUGAUGUUCGAGCAGUUGUUGCAAAAGGAUGGUCAGGAAGAAUGAUUGCCAAGAAGGAAAAAGAAGGGGAGGUAGACUUACCAGAAGUACCUAAAGAAGCAUACGUUGUUGACAGUAUACCACACGAAUGGCUUUUCCCUCGGAUCGAUAUUGCGAUGCAUCAUGGAGGUGCAGGUACGACGGGUGCUAGUCUCAGGGCUGGUCUGGUGACUUUAAUCCAUCCAUUCUUUGGAGAUCAAUACUUUUGGAGUGGAAGAGUGGCAAAAUUAGGAGCAGGAGUUCGAGUGAAGUCGCUAUCGGUUGACGAUAUUACUGAAGCAUUAACUCGUGCUCGAGAUGAAACUCUUUUACGUGAAAAAGCUCAAGUUGUUGGAGAGAUGAUUCGAAAAGAGAAAGGCUUGGAUGUUGCUCGUGACUUUAUCUAUCAAUCUCUUGAGCGAUCGAAGAGGGUCAAAAGAGCCUUAGGAGGCAAUAAAAAACAAGGCAGCAUUUCUAGAUCAAACACUAUUCAACCUUUGGAUGAAAAAAGAACUUCAACCUUCCGCUCAAAUACGUCUGAAGUGGACGAAAGUAGUAAAGAUUCGCCCGACUCUUCUCCACCAUCCAAAGGCAGGGAAGUAUCACGAACUGCUUCUUCGAUGGAGAGACUUAUUCGUCAUGGGUCAUUGUCUGUCAAACAUGUUGCCAGUAUGAUGCACCUCAGAAGUCCACCGAGAUCUAAUACAAAUGCAACAACAGUUUCAGAAAGCACAUCUCCUGAUCAUGACAGAGAGAGUAACGAAUCAGGACGCAAAUCGAAAGUGCACGACCAUACUCCUGAACAGGAGCCAGUAGUGCUCACAGAUGAACCAGAGACGAUGACUGAUUCCGAAGACAAAGAUCCAAUCGUCGAUCAAGCACAUGCACCGGAAGAGCUGCAUACCAAGAGUAAGAAGAGUUGGUACAAUUACCCUGUGCAACACAUGCCUGGCAUCACUGCUCUCAACAUGCCAUCUCUUUCUAUGCCACAUAUGAAUUUCUUUGAUGUUCGUUUACAUGGAAUCCAUCUUUCGCACCGUGGGCAUGCCGAAUCUGCUUCUGGUGCAUCAAAGGUGCAAAUGACAGAACAAGAAAAAGAACAUGCACAAAAAGAAGAGAAACAACAUCAUUUGAACGCACGUCAAGAAGAUCAAAAAAGGAGACAAUUGUUGGAGAAAGAAUGGAGAAAAGCAGGAAGAUUUGAUUUACUGGGAAGUGAUUCUUCAAUGAAUAUACAGCCAGAAGAAGAUGAAAGCGAAGAAGGGGACGAAAACGCUAGAGAAUCAGACGAUGACAGUGAACCAACAGAACAAACUACCAAUACACAACAAGAUGGAUGAAACGAACAUUACUACUCUAUAUACCACCCUUUAAUACACUUUCACAGCUCAUGUAACAUAACCUUACUGUAUUUCUGCUUUUGGAUGCGAUGAUUAAUAUAUGCUUGUGCUCAAA